UUGUUUUCUUAGAGUAAAAAUGAUCGAUGCUAUCCAUUGGCAUGUAUAUAUUGAUGAGACUCGGACAUAAAACUCCCACACCUAACUUGAAGUCAUCAUUAAACAUAUAUCCACUUCUUUUCCUUUUCUUUAAUUAAUCUGCACAUAAGGUAGCGUCUAUCAUUCAUUUUGUGUUCUCUCGUUACUAAAGUAAUUAAAUAGUCUUACGGUUACAAAAAAAAAGAAUUAAAUAGUCUUACGUACUAAUAGUUUUUUUUCAACGAUGUAACCGCUCGCAAAAAUGAAAAAGAAGACGAACGAGAAGAGAAACCCUAACAUGGGACAAGCUAAACAAGCCAAGAACGAUUCUCCGCUACAUGAGCAGUGUACUACUAUUUUGUCUUCAAAUCAAAAUGAAAAUUUUGUUGAGAUAGAGAAAGAGAAGACUAUUGCGUUGAUAAAUGCAUGGGAAGAGAACGAGAAGGCGAAAGCUCAGACCAAAGCGUACAAAGAACUUUGCUCCAUUGAAGCAUGGGAGAACAACAUGAAGACAUCUCUAGAGUUAGAUUUGAAGAAAAUGGAGGAAAAUUCAGAAGUGGAGCAAGCUGAGUAUUCAAAAAGAUUCAAGAAAAAAAUACCAGAAAUUGAAAAAAUUGCAGAAGCGAAAAGAGAAAAAAUUGAGAAACUAAAGGAGCAAAAGUCUAUCAACUUGAAAAAAAUGAGUGAGAAGCUAAGUGCAACUCCAAAUGCUUAUCCACCCAAAACCAAAACCUGUGGAUGUUUCUAGAACAUGUCUUAUGGUUCAAUUACUGGCCCAUUAAAUAAUCAAGUAGACUUUGCUCGUGGUUAAAGGGGAAUAUAUAUAUAUAUAUAUAUAUAUCCAACAAAUAAUGGAAAAUCUAUGUUGACAUUUUAAAGCAUUGAUGUAUCUUUCAUGUGUAUAUAAUAUGGUUGCACCUAUGGUAAUUGCUAUUUAAUCUAA